AUGGUGUGGUCUCAGUUGGGAAUCACCCGACCACAUGUGGCCUACGCUACCACAGCAUUUGGACUAACAUUGCUCGGCUCGUUGUCCAUGUUCCUGAAAGACAAAGCUUAUAUUGGAGAGGUACCGUUCGCUACGAUUUAUGGGUUGAUUGUUGGUCCUCAUGCUUUAAACUGGUUUUCGCCUCAAUCAUGGGGCAAUUCCGACUAUAUUACCUCGGAAAUUUCUCGAAUCGUGCUGGUGGUGCAGAUUUUUGCCGUUGCCGCCGAGCUUCCGAAAAAGUAUAUUUUGCGUAAUUGGUUCAGUCUCCUGGUAGUACUGAUUCCUGUUAUGACUUAUGGCUGGCUACUAAGUUCUGUUUUUAUUUGGAAACUUGUACCUACUCUCCGUUGGGUCGAAGCCUUGGCAAUCGCUGCUUGUGUUACGGCCACAGACCCUGUGCUUUCAGCUGCAGUUGUAGGGAAAGGCGGUAUUGCAUCCGAGGUGCCCAUUCAUUUGCGCAAUCUACUUUCUGCGGAAUCGGCUUGUAAUGACGGUAUGGCUUUUCCGUUUGCGCUACUAGCACUGAAUAUCCUGAAGCAUGAGGGCCAUCCAGGCACUAUCGCGAAAGACUUUAUAGCAGUUUCUGUCCUGUAUGAAGUCGUGUUUGGAUGUGUAUUGGGUGGUGUCUUAGGUUUUAUUGCAGGCUUGAUCUUGAAAUUUUCAAACCGGUACAAACUGAUUGAUCAUGAAGCAACUUUAGCCUUUUAUUUUUUUGUCCCAUUUUUUGUCGCCGGCAUUGCUACAAUUCUGGGUGUUGAUGAUCUAUUGGUUGCCUUUUUUGCAGGUACAGUUAUUAAUUGGGAUGGUUGGUUCACGAAGAAGACUGGAGAUUCACACAUUGCAGCGGUUUUCGAUGUCAUUUUGAACAUAGCAUACUUCAUCUACUUUGGCGCAAUCGUACCGUGGAACUAUUUCAAUCACGCAGACAUUGGCUUGCGUGCCUGGAAACUGGUGUUAUUAGCUAUCAUCAUUCUUGUCGUUCGAAGAAUCCCCAUCAUUCUCCUUUUGAAGCCCGCAAUCCCUAAUAUCAGGACUUGGCACGAAGCACUUUUCGCAGGUCACUUUGGACCUAUUGGAGUCGCCGCUGUGUUUGUUUCAAUCAUGAUCCGUACCGAGCUUGAGGAUAGUCACGCUCCUUUGAAAGACUUACCUCCACCAGGAUCUAAGUACUACUAUGUCCUUGCAACGAUUUGGCCCGUAACUUGCUUCCUCAUCGUUUCAUCCAUCAUAGUUCACGGCCUAUCAGUUGCCGUAGUGGCUUGGAGCAAACAAUUUGCCAGCGUCCAUUUGAGUCGUGAGAAAGCCACGGAUGGGUCUAAUCUUUGGGUUUUACGCCUUCCUUCGCCAAUCGUGGAUACCGACUUACUCUUAUACGUCGAUGCAAAGGGAAAACUACGAAAAAUUGCCAAAGAUGAUCACAGGUCAGAUGACGAGGGUUCUGUGAUUGUUCCAAAGCGGCCCAAAUUAACUAAAAGGACCGUUUCACUGCAAAUUGGAGAUAGGUUGCAUAAGCUUCCCUCCGAUACAACUUCACCUGAAGAUAUUCGCAUAGUGCAUCAAAAGAAUGAGAUUGUGGUUGAAGGAAUAGAUGGAAAGGAGCUUUUGAGUUUUGAUGCUGAGAAUAUUUCGGCCCAAGACUGUUCGUUAAAGCUUUCACUACACGAAACCACUACAUUAGACCUGCACCAGUUGGCACAGUCGAGGAAUGAUUCGCUAGUUACUGCCGCUGAGGUGCUUGGAGAUGAAACAAUCGCGGAUCGUCGCACCAUGUUCGAUAUGGGACAAUUCGCGUACGAGGAGGAUGAUGAAGACCAUGUCGAGCUUAAGGCUUUCAUGGUAGGUGACCACUUGAUUUUUGAAGACACAGAUGGUGUUCUUUUGAGCCAAUACCACGUGCAGCGUUAUGGAUCUCAAGCUGCUGGUUUUGCCAACUCUCUGAAAAGAUUCAGAAAAUGGGUGAAGUCACUCAAAAAGGCCAACCAGGAUACGCAUAUUCACACAGAACAUGAUCCCAAUCUUAGCUUUGUUCCUGUCGGGAGAUUUACUAGAAAAAUUUUUGAGGAUCAGGAGAAGCACUAG